GAGGUUGUUGGGACAUGAGUAAAAACACAUUGGUUUGCAUGUGUGAUAUAUGUUGCAUGUCAUGUCCGUGGUGCUGCUGAUUGACCGCUGAGUGAUGCGUUGAGGAGGUGCCGUGCGCUCUCUCCAAUGUGCCGCUGAUGCUGCUGCUGCUGCAGCUGCAGGGGGAGCGUCCGUCCACAGCCUGCAGUGCUGCGAUGCGCGGCCGCUUCAUUUGUCUCCUGCCUGCUCCGUUUUUCCCCACAACGAAUCCAAUUUGCAAUACCAAGGAGUCAACAAAUACAUUAAGAAGGACGACCUCCGUGCAGGCUGGGGAGGUGAAUCCAGUUUACACUGUGCGUCUUUGAAAAAAACUGAGAUGUGGAAGGCGCUCACUCAUUUCUGUGACUAUCUACAUGGUUUCUGGAGAUGCAGGUGCCUUCAGAGGAUGCCCUUUCACUGACUGGAUAGAGGCAGUUGGGUUACAGCAGCCAUGUUUGUGUCAGGUUUUAGGAUGCGCUCCCUAAGAAAGACGGUGUUGCUCGCCAUCCUGGUGUCUGUGGUUCUGGUACUAGCCCUCCUCCAUUCGUGGCCCACUCGAGCGUACACCACGGUGGAUGUGUGGCAGCGACCGGGGCAAAUAGUGGAGAGGCAUCUGGAGGAGAGACUCCCAGAACCGGACCAACGGUUAGGCAACAUCCCCUUCCACGUGAGGGACGGUGUGGCAAGCUUGCUGGCACGUAAUGGAUGUGUAUGUGAGGGCGAGAGUGGAGGAAUAAACCUGCCCUUCGCUCAGCUCUUAUUCCCGCGGGUGUCAGCUCACCCGCUGCACACUGCCUUCAAGGCCUCUGAGCUGGAGGAAAUGAAGAGGAGACGGGCCAAAGAGUACAAGAGUUUCCAGAAGAGGUCGCAGACGCCUGCAGAUGUUCUCAUCAUCGCAGAGGCUAACAAUCCCUUACAGUAUCCAACACAGGGGGCGGAGGUGCGACCCCUGAAAACAAUCAUCAUCCCAGGCUUGGCCUUACACGACCAUCCCAGAGAACACUACUUAAUAAACAUCACUGCCACCCUGGGAACGCUGAAUGUGGCGGCAGAGGUAGACGGGGUGAAAAUCAAAGGUGACGGCGAGAUGCACAUGACUCUGUCAAGCGGCCUGCUGCCAAACCUGAACCGACAGCUUCAGUUUGUCACCUACACGAACACACUGUUCCACCCGAGCACGGCAGACACAGUGCAGCUUGAGACAGAGGGGCAUCAAGCCGUCUUCAGUAUCAAGAUUCGUCAUGGUGUAACGCCCAAACUGUAUAACACGGGAUCUAAAGGAGAGUAUAAUGUCAGUGCCCUCGUUACCAUAGCUACGAAGACUUUCCUGCGUUACGAUAAGCUUCAAGAUCUCAUAGACAGCGUGAGGAGGUACUAUCCUACUGUCACCAUAAUAAUCGCGGAUGACAGUGAAAAUCCCAAAACCAUCUCCGGGCCUUACAUCGAACAUUACAUCAUGCCUUUUGGAAAGGGUUGGUUUGCCGGACGAAACCUGGCCGUCUCUCAGGUGACCACAAAGUACGUGCUGUGGGUGGAUGAUGACUUCAUCUUCACGGCAAACACCAAGCUGGAGAAACUGGUGGAUGUUUUAGAGAGGACCACUCUGGAUCUGGUGGGUGGUGCAGUGCGAGAGGCCACUGGUUAUACUGCCACCUACAGACAGACCAUCUCCAUUGAGCCAGGCGGGGUGGAGGAUGGCGACUGUUUACACAUGAGGAGAGGAUUUCAUCACGUCAUCCAAGGCUUCCCCAACUGUGUCGUAACUGACGGGGUCAUUAACUUCUUCUUGGCUCGAACCGACAAAGUCCAGCAGGUCGGCUUUGACCCGCGCCUCGCCAGAGUAGCUCACCUGGAGUUUUUCAUCGACGGUCUGGGAUCUCUCCACGUGGGCUCCUGCGACGAUGUCAUUGUCAAUCACGCGACCAAAAUCAAACUUCCCUGGGUCAGCCAAUCAGAGAGCGACAAGACUUACGCCAAGUUUCGCUACCCGCCUGCCUCCUCCGACGCCACACACACGAAAAACGGCCUCCUGUACUUCAAGAACCGAUUCCAGUGUUUGACUCAUAAUUAGCUCCCCCUCCUUUUUUAUCCCGAGGGUUCCUUUGCUCUUUCCUGAGUUGCCAAAGAAGUUCUCCUCCACCGCGUUCCCCGUCAGAUAAGAUUUCAGACAAACAUUUCGGUUUGCCUUGUCUUGAAAACCUCGUAAAGAGGUUUCAAGCUUUACCGUAGAGAAAAUGCGCCAUUAGGGCAGUUUUAGCAUGUUUAUUCAGUCAGUGCAGAGCUCUGCGGUGAGCUAAAAAAGUUCUCAUGCACAGUAAAUAUCCAGAAGCAAGAUACGAAAGUCCAGACUCGCUUCUGGAGUGGAAAGAGCUGUAGUAACAAACAUAUCGUCUUGUUUACACAGAACCAGUUAAACCACCAGCAUAAUCUUGAUUCAUUCAAGGUUAUGAAGGGAUUUACGCUUUUUUGUUUGUCAAAUCUUAUCUGGCUAUACAUCCUCGAGUUGUUCCAACAUCGAGACCGAGCUUUUUGAAAAACAGGUAGCAUCCAAACAGUCCGAGUCACUUCAUUGUCAUUCUACACUUGUGUGAGUAGAGGCGUCCUCCUUCAAUUUGCACUAUCUGGAAAAAGACUGAAAAGCAAUAGUGACAGCAGAGAGCCUGAGAACGAGGACUCAUUGUUAGCGAGGACAAAAAAGGAACACUUCCCAGAAAGUGACAAUCCCGUAGACACAGAGCAUAGGUAUCCUUUUUACCAAUGCCACAUGAAGAACGCAUUCAAAAACCUUCUCACCUGUGGUACCUACGCUCCGUGACUGACUGGUCGUGCCAAAGGUUUGGCUGCCUGCUUUUGGGGUGUUUUUAUCUGUUUGUGUUAUGAUUUUGCCACCCAGAAUCCCGUGUCAUUUGUGAGUGAUUAAUCUGGAGGAGGAGAACGUUUUGGUCCCAUCCAUCCAUCCAUCCAUCCAUCCAUCCAUCCAUCCAUCCAUCCAUCCGGAGACCUAACUGGUGUUACCUGAUAUGAGAGAAGCCUUGUUAUUUAUUUUUUAUUUUUUGUCUUCUGCUGUCUGUCACUCUCCGGUUUCUUCAAGAAAAAAAAAAACCUAAAGAAGAAGUUUCUGUCCUGGUCACGCUGAUGAGUAACAGCGAAAGUGACUGCAUCUUUACAUGCUGCCUAAAGAGGAAAGUUUGAAUGAACCAAAGUGCAUGUUUUAUUUUUCCUCAUUGUAAGAGAAGAAAAGAAGAAACAAAAACAUUGCACAGUGCGAUAGAAGUGAUGAGAGUUUGAUGAUAGAUAUAUUUAAACACAGUAUGAGGAGUCAGAGCGUGAGAGGAAACGAGUCGAGGAGAAACGAUGGAGCACCGAGGUUUGAAAAUCCAGUUUUUAUACUCUUUGGAGAGUUACUGUUACUCAUGCCUGAAGUGAUGAUGCUGUUCUUUUAUACCAUGGCCUUUAGAUGGUGCCCUUGUAUCAGUCUAUUGUUUCCUAAUAUGUCAUUUGUUGUUAGGAAAGAGGUGCCAGAGAUCUAUAUAGAUUUUUCUUUUUUAAAUCUCGAGAGGAAUAUUUUAAAUCUAUUUUGUCUGAUAUUUAUUGUUUUAUUUGUUUAUUGUUAUUAUUUUUUUCGUUCACCAAACUGCGAUCGAUGUUAUCUCUGUGGACAGGGGUGAGAAUUCAAACUUCAUCAUCAGUGACACUAUUACAAAAGGCUUUUGUGUAGUCGUGUGUCUUAUUUGUAACUGUCGACAGAUCUAUAGCUGAGCUGAAAAAAAAACUUUUAUUUUUUAAAAACGGUGAUAUUUGUUGUGUUAACACUGAAAAAUUAACCUGCCUGCUUCACUCAAAAAAAACAACAACAACAACACAGGUGUAAAGAUGUCUGGUCACGGCAUUAUGAGCAUUUUUAAAAAAACUUGAUUUCAAAUGUUGACAUAUUAAAAUGUCUGUGGAAACACCUCUCUUUCAUUUCCUAAAAAAAAAAAAUGGGUCACAGGUGCAGUGUGCAUUGCAGUCAAGUGUCCUUUAAGACAUUCUCUAAAAGUGUGAGACGCUCAUCUGAAAACAAAAAAACACAUUUAAACAAAAGUUUUUAUCAGUGUUGGACUCAGGUCAUGUUCUAUGUUGACGAUGUGCUAAAAGUAGAAUUUAGCGUCUGUUUCUUGUCAAACUUACCAACACAUAUUUUCCACAUUGGUUUACGUCAUCACAGCCGUUAUUUUGUGACGAUUUCUGAAUGCAUUCCAAGAAUAAAUCUUGUUCUUUCUUUCAGAGAAGAGAAAGAAAGAAGAAGAUGUUUGCUUCCAAGGAAGCAAAUCAAAGCAGCUAACGAUUUAGUUUUACACGUCAAAUGAAAAAAAAACAGACGGCUGACACGUAAUGUCAGUGAUGUUUGGGGACUCUUUUGUUUAAAUGAUGAAUGAAGUAUUAGUGAGCUGCACUGUGGAAAACAAAGGUUCGUCAUCACAUGUCAGGUGGUUGAUUGAAGAGCUUUCACCUCAUCAGGGAGGUGAAAGGU